UCAGUUAAUAAGGGUUGACUUUUGCCUGCUUGUAAACUCUUAUAUAAUUAAACCACAUGAGUAAAUGUUAAAAUUAAGCAUUGGCCUGUUGGCCUUCCCUUUUCUACAGCGGCUUCCACAUGUAAAAGAACACUCUCCUGUCAUCUAAUUUGGGUUAUGGGAAAGUCAGAAAGCCAGAUGGAUAUAACUGAAAUGAACACUCAAAAACCAAAGAAAAAAUCACGAUGGAGUUUCCUGGAAAUAGGGCUAUCAGUUGUAGUGAUUCUGCUAACUAUUAUAGCUGUCACAAUGAUAGUUCUGUAUGCAACAUAUAAGGACAGUGUUUGCAAGACUUCAGACUGCAUAAAAUCAGCAGCCCGAAUCAUUGAAAACAUGGACACCACUGCAGAGCCUUGUAAAGAUUUUUACCAAUAUGCCUGUGGAGGAUGGCUAAAGAGGAAGGUCAUUCCAGAGACAAGCUCCCGUUAUAGUAACUUUGACAUUUUAAGAGAUGAACUAGAAGUUGUUCUGAAAGAUGUCCUUGACAAGCCAGACAAUAACAACAUAGCAGCAGUGCAGAAAGCAAAAACUCUGUAUAGAUCAUGUAUAAAUGAAACUGCUAUUGAUAGCAGAGGUGGAAAACCUUUAAUCGAUAUAUUGCCAACUGUGUUUGACUGGCCUGUUGCAACAAGUGACUGGGACGCUGUAUAUGGUGGAAACUGGACAGUUGAGACAGCUAUUGCACAACUAAAUGCUAAGUAUGGGAAAAAGGUCCUCAUAAAUUUUUUUGUUGGCACAGAUGAUAAGAACUCCACAACGCACAUCAUUCAUAUUGAUCAACCAGGGCUUGGCUUGCCUUCUCGUGACUACUAUGAAUGCACUGGAGCAUACAAGGAGGCGUGUUCAGCCUAUGUUGCUUUCAUGAUUUCUGUAGCUAAGCUGAUUCUUCAGGAAAGAAAUCUUCCCAUCACUGAGGUCCAGAUUUCCAAAGAAAUGGAAAGAGUUAUGCAGCUGGAGAAAGAAAUUGCCAAUGCUACAACUAAACUUGAAGACAGAAAUGAUCCAAUUCUGUUAUAUAAUAAAAUGACAGUGACACAACUCCAAAAGAACUUCACUUUGCAAGUCAAUAGUAUGGAAUUCAACUGGUCAAAAUUCAUAAAUAAUAUCAUGUCAACUGUGCAAAUUAAUGUUGAGAAUAUGGAACCUGUGGUUGUUUACGCUCCAGAAUAUCUAAUCAAACUCAAGUCUAUUCUUAACCAAUAUACUCCCAGAGACAUUCAAAAUUACAUGGUUUGGCGAUUCAUAAUGGAUCUUGUAAACAGUCUCAGCCGUGACUACAAAGACACAAGGAAUGCCUUUCGUAAGGCACUGUAUGGCACAACAUCGGAAACUGCUAUUUGGCGUCGCUGUGCAAACUAUGUCAAUAGUAAUAUGGAAAAUGCUGCAGGACGAUUAUAUGUACAGGAAGCAUUUGCUGGAGAGAGUAAACACGUGGUUGAAAAUAUGAUUGCUGAUAUCCGUGAGGUUUUUAUAAAAACAUUAGAUGAACUUAGCUGGAUGGAUGCAGAAACCAAAAAGAAAGCAGAACAAAAAGCUAAAGCAAUUAGAGAAAAGAUUGGCUACCCAGAUGAAAUCCUGACAGAUGAUAAUAAGCUGAAUAGUGAAUAUCAAGAGCUGAACUACCAAGAAGAUCAGUACUUUGAGAACAUCAUUCAAAAUUUGUUAUUUAACCAAAAGAAACGUCUGAAGAAGCUCAAAGAAAAUGUGGACAAGGAAGAGUGGAUAAGUGGAGCUGCUGUAGUCAAUGCCUUUUAUUCUGCAAGCAGAAAUCAGAUAGGCUUUCAAGGUCCCCAGCUCUGGGAGAGAUUCAUACCUGGGUGUCCUGGUUUCAAUAUGGGCCCUUCAGAUGGCCUGUCCCAAGGCUGGGGAUUCAGUACUUUCAGUGUGGCUGGAACAAUUCAACAUUGUUCAUCUCAAACUUUACUACCCAAUGCAUUUUCUUAAGUGUGGCUCUGUAAUAUCUUGUUGAAUGUGAGACCUUUGAACCCAUUCCAGUGAAACACGUCAUCUGUCAAGUGACUUAAAGCUUAUGUUCUUUCCAAUGUUUCAUUUCUAUUAAUACUAGUUUCCCUUGUAUUGGAAAAAAUAAAAGGUCAAUCAGGCAGAUAAGACUAAGAAAAAAAUAUCAGAGGGAAAGGGGAAAAAAGCAAAUAACUUCAGCAAUGCUUUAGGGCAGGGGUUUUCAAACUUUUUAGAUCAUUGUACCCACAGCGGCCGGACGUGGAGCAGUGUACCCCCAGACGCUGGGAGGGCAGGGGGGACGACACGUGGCCAGAUGCCGAGUGGGGGGGGUGGCACAUGCACGAAUGUGUGUGACCUUCCCCCACCCCUCCGCAUCCGGCUGGGCAGGUGGCACCUGCGCCACAGCGUGGGAUGUUGUGUGGCAGCGCUCCAUCCUCACCCACCCACCCGUACUCUCUAGGGCCGUCUCAAGUACCCUUGCUUUAGGGUAUAGGGUCAGCCUAUGCAGGACUCUCCAUGGUUACAAAUAAUUUGGGAAUAGCUGAGGAACCAUAUUUUUAAGAAAUGUGAAAAUGUUAGAUCUGAAGAAUAGAACAUGGUAGUAAUUCAGAAAAUGUGUGAGGUUUCCCUCCUGCUUCUAACAGCAGCAUAAUUAACACCAAUGCAGGCUCUUUCAUCCUAGGAUCAUAAAGAACUUUAAAGAUAUUGGUUUAGGCCUGCAAUAUCCCUACAAAGUAGAUUCAGUAGGUGUUAUACUACGGGUUCCAUUCACAGUACACAGACAGUCAACAGAGUCUAUCCAGCUAUGUCUCUAACUCCGCCUCUCAAAGGUAUGUUUUUAUACUUGUUUUAUAAAUGGAGAAAUGGAAGCACAGGGGACUAAAGGGAUUUUCUCUCAGUCACUCAGGUAUUCAUGACAAAGGUAUAACUCACCUGACCCUAGCCAGAAGCCAUGCUCCAAGGUGCUAUGCAUUUUUUUACUUCUUAAAUGGAGGAGCUUGGGACAGAACAUUCUGCUUCCUUUUAUAUUAUAUAAGAAACUAUUUGCAAAGCUCCUGCAAAUUUGGGAAUUCCCUCUGGCUGAGGAGAAGUUCCAGUAGAAGCAGAGGUUAAACAUAUGUCUUUUUUCCAAACAUAUGCCUCUGUUACAUGGAGACAUGUCAGGAGUAACCAGUCAGGAAAAGGCCUGGAAGUAGCCCUCCAACUAGAGCUAACUGACACAAGUUAGAACAGUUCCAUCCUGCUGUACCGUUGGUCCUGAUGGCGCUGUGGCUGGACUUGGACAAAGAAUUAGGGAAUCAUAGCUGCUUACCUAAGAAACCCUCUUCCAUACUGCUGUGUCUAUCUAGGUACAGCAGAGAAUCUGGACCCCCAUAUGUAUUUUGAUUCAAGCCUGAUUUCUACCUUUCCAUCUCAGUGACACCAUUCAAUCUCUUGCUUCUUAUGGAAUUCCAAGAUAGAAAGAACAGUCCCAGACAGACUCUGUUUUUCCCGAUUUCUCCUGGACAUACCAUAGUCCAUGUAUAAUUCUUAAUAUUACCUGAAAACAAAUCUAUACCAUGUUGGCAAAAGAAAUGGAACUAAUCCUGCAGUCCAUGCACAACAAAGAAAUAAGUUGUUUAUGGAUAAAACUUUUUUAUGGAAAAUGUGUUAGUGGCAUACUAUGGUUUUCAUUGCCAGGGAUAACUGACCACUGGAAAAAAAAACCUUACACCUUCUUUUAUAAUCCUACUUCUGUUUUCCAAACUAAAUAUUCAAUCAGGGUGAAAAGUGGUCUGCCAGGUAUUUUCUAUCCAAAGUAAAAUAAAACUUAAUUGAGUGUCCUUGAUCAUA